GGAGCAUGUACAGAAGAUUAAUACCAAGUAAGUCCCUAAGGCAGAAGCAUCACAGCACAAGUCAUUAUCAAAAGAAAGAAGAGGGGCUGUGCUUGUCAGCCAAUGUACAGCAAUCAAAAAGCACCACCAGAUACAGAAUUUCCAGAAAGAUUUUUCUGGAAAAACUGUCACCAUGCGGUCUUGGUGCACAAGUGUCUGAGUUUUACUUGGGCAGCUUCUACAUUCCAACAGUGGAAAUAACUGGCAAAGGCAACUUGUGAGCACCUGGAGUUACAGACUGAGCUUGUGGAUGUCUCCCCAGAAUCUCUCACUUUCAGACUCACUGCACAUAGCAAUUUUGGCUUCCAUAAUUUCUCUUAUAAUUUACUGGCUGGUCAGAGACAGUCGCAGGGUGGGAAACCUCAGUGGAAAGCACAUCUUCAUAACAGGCUGUGACACUGGACUUGGAAACUCACUGGCUAAAUGGCUUGACAAAAGGGGAUUUUGUGUCAUUGCUGCAUGUGCCACAGAAAAAGGAAGCCAAGAGCUACAGUCCUGCUCCUCACUCUUGCUGAAGACAGUGAACCUGAACUUAGCUGACUCCAACAGCAUUGCCAGAGCUGUACUGUUUGUGACAGAAGAGACAGCUGGUAAGGGGCUUUUUGGCUUGGUGAGCAAUGCUGAAGGACCAGCAGCAGCAGCAGCACCUACUGACUGGCUGAAGACUGAAGACUUCCGCUCGGUGCUGGAUGUUAGUCUGCUGGGAUUGAUUGAAAUCACGCUCAAGCUCCUGCCACUUCUGAAAAAAGCUGAGGGAAGAGUAGUCAAUCUAAUUAAUGCCAGAGGCCUCAUGGCUUUUGUAGGGGGUGGCUACAGCCUGUCCAAAUGGGGCAUGGAAGCUUUCUCUGACACCUUACGAAGAGAGAUGCAGCACUUUGGAGUGAAAGUAAGCAUUGUUGAGCAUGGCUUCUUUAAGGCAGGAGUAGUUAAUUCAGAUGUCAUCAAGAGAAAUCUGUUAAGACUUUGGAACAGACUGACUCCUGAGAUCAAGGAUUCCUACGGAGAAAAAUACUUUGUUGAAUAUACUAAAGCUCAAAGAUCAUCAGUGAAAAGGCUGUGUGACUCUGAUAUUUCUAAGGUCGUAAAAUGCACGGAACAUGCCCUGAUAGCAAAGUACCCCAGGACACGAUACAGAGCUGGAUGGGAUGCAAAGUUCUUUUGGCUGUUCCUCUCCUAUGCCCCAAGCUGUUUAUCUGACAUGCUGCUAUGUAUGACACUUCCAGCUCCAGCAGCGAGUAAGAGAACAGUUCCUGGAGUCCUAAUUAACAUUUAGUAUUAAACCAGUAUCAGCUCUGUGCAAAUAAAUAUUAUUCCUGUCAAAACCAGAAAACCAGACAUCCUUUUCUUUACCAGUUAUUAGACUGCUUAAAUUCCUUUCAGAAGACACUUUCUCCAAAGCCCAACCCCCAUCCCUCCUUACCUGGAAUUUCUGAGUUUGCAGAUAGGCUUGUAAAGGUAGCAUGUUUUUGAAGGUCAUUGUUUACACUCAGAAAUGAUACCUCUACAGUACUUGCAUCCAUAAAACUUUCACCUAAUAAUCUGCUUAAUACUACCCAUGCAAUAAAAGAAAUUUAAGUAAGAAAAAUUACAUCACUAAAAUAAUGUUUUUCAAGUAGACAUCAACCUAUAAGCCUGCUAGCGAACUUGAUAUGGCCUUUCAGAACACACAUCUUAUACACAUACCUUAUAGAAUGUAAUUAGAUUUAGUCAUCUAUUUCAUGGGAGGUUUGUUCAUGGGAGUUGCUAAACUUCACAAGCUUCUGAACACAAGACAUGAAAUCAAAUAAUAACAAUGCCCAGCUAUUGCAACAUAUUCCAAAAAUUACAGUUGCAGUAUUUGACAUAUAAUCUCCUGAUUAUUCAACUGUGUAGAGAUAAAACACGAGCUAUUUUACAGAUAUGCAAUUACAAGGAAAAUCAAAACUACAUUAUACUGUUACUAUGCAGAGUGUCGACUUAUACUUUUCUUCCUAGUAUCAGUAUAGUUUACAAGGACAUUAUUAAAAAUAACAUGCAUUCACAAUUAUUUCAUCCUCAGUGUGCUUUACAAGUUAAAGGGAUGAUUAUUUCACUCAUUAGAUGAAACAGGUCAUUAGUGUAUCUACUGACAACCAUUUUGACAGUACAAAAAGUGUGUUAAGAAUGGUAAAAUGUUAGUUGAGGUUACUGUGCCUCCUGUACACUAUUUCUAUCUGUUAAGCUGCUAGCCAGAGGCUCACAAACCGGUGUUCCUGGAGACAUUAAAAUUGAAGGGGUAAAGGUUUUAUUUGCUAAAGAGCUACACUGGUGAUUAAUCAUUAAUGUGCAAUUCAAUUCAGCUCACAAAAAAUACCAUGUGCAGGUCAGAACUCCAAAUGCAAGAAAAGGAGCUUCAGCACUUGUGUCUAUGAGAUGGAGGGGUGGGGGGUGUUACAUGCAGAAGAAAGGGACAGAAUGUAUGAAGUGUUCAGUAGCCUUUAAGUAUUUCACUGAGAUUCCAUUGUCUGGCAAAUGGCUUCAAGAAUAAAUUUAUUUUACUUCAUUUCAUGAUAAAUACUUGCAGAGAGAUAGUUCUCUCUAUGUGGCCUGACAGUUCUAAAAAGAGUGUACAUGGAAAAACUUAAUGGUAUGAAAUUUGUCAGCUGUAUAAGCAAUGGAUUACAGAGCAGUGCUGAGAUCUCUAAAAAUCAGCCUUCUUUGAGAGAGAAUGAGUCCAGAAUUCAAGAAUCCAAGCAGGGACUAUCCUCAUAUGGAGAAAAGAGUACAAAUUAAAAUAAUGAAGCUAGGAACAGAAACUAAAGCUUCUGUUGACCAAAGUACCAAAAGUUAAACUGCCCAUAAUCAGAAGGGUACACUGCAGUAUGUGACUGAGAGGAAGAGGCCCAGCUCAAGCUUAGGAAUCCUUCACCACUUGGUAUGUUAAACAGCCAAAUCUAUAUACUACCUACCUACACAGCAUUUCAGGGAUGGUUUUCUUCCACAUCUGAAUAGUUAGAGGUCUCUCCGAUACAUAUGGCAUAUUAGCAGUUUUCUCCAAAACUGGUUCCAAAUAUUUCUGUUGACGAAGACUAUUCACAAAAAUGAAGCUACUUUUUCUCGUGAUAUGCAGCUGGAGGCGAGUCUUGUGGAAACGUUAGCUCUGCCUUCUCGCUUUAAAAAAAGAUUAUCAAUACUUUCCUUAAGAACAAUAACCUGUCUUUUAAAGAAACCCUUUCUCAUAGCCUUACAGGUGUGUGUGCUGUGACCAAGAUACUAAGGAAUUUUCUACAUUAAAGCACUUAGAUAUGACAGUUAAUUGAACUAAGGUUUUAAUUGCUUAUGCCCAUACUACCUUGAUAGUCGGUCUCUUACAAUCAAUAACAAGAGCUUCCUGUCUCGUGGGCCAGCUUAUUUAAUGUGUGUAAUAGGGCAGUUUUCACAACUUCAGUGAUAUGACCUCAGUGAUGUUGUAUCAAGAACUUCAGACAGUUGUGUGAAGCAAUAAGCAUUACUCUUAUUUGAUUUUAUCUAAAGCACUGUUUUCGUCUCAGAGUUCACCGAACCCUCCACAACUGAAAAAAAGUACAUAGAGUCUUGACACAAAUUAUGGAAUAAGGAUGUGAUAAAAUAAUAUUUAUUAGAUUUAUUCAGCAGCAGCAUUUUCCAGUUGUAUUUUCUAAUCAAAGUACAUUACAAAGUAAUUAUAAGCAUUCUAAUAAGAAAUAGUAUAUAUCUUGAGAACUCAGAUAUAAAACAAUCAAAUAGCAGAAGUCUCAAUGAUUAUAACUUUAGGAAUCUUUAAAUUAUAAGAGUAGCUAGCCAGGAAGGCUGAAUAACAUGUUCCUGCAAUGGUACUCAGAGUUUUCUCAAAUGGUUCAUGUUAUGGAAACUACAUUGACUAAUUAAUAGAAAAGCUAAUAAGAUAUACAGUAUUUUCUGAUGGAAGGUUAUACAAAGACUGCAUUAGUACAAAUUGUUUCCCUUUCUAUUCAUGUCCACCUCAGGAAAUAAAUAGUCAAUAAAAUUAAAUUUUCACAUUAAAAAACCUGAAUAAUUUCUUAAAUGAACCAAUAUCUUUUGUAUUUUGCUGUUUAGAAAUAAGCUGUUAAAGAAAUCUAGCUACUUCAUUUAAUAGUACAAAUUACUUCGAGACUCCAGCCAAGAACAGAGCUAUUCCAUUGAUGAACAGGAGAAAAAUCUCAUUAAAUUAAGUAUUUGUGGCACUAAAUUCUAAAUAUAACAGAUCUUUUUAAGGAUACUAUUAAUGGAAUGGUGUUAACUGGAACCUAGAUAAAAAUUACAUGUCUUACGGAUUGAGAAGAAAUAAUUUUAUCUCAGGCAGCUAAAAUAUUGCAAGAACAACAUUUUGCACAGGUCACUAUUCAGCAUAAUGAUGCUGCAUUGACUCUUCCAUCUUUUGUUUAACACAAGAUAAACAGACACACCCAUUUUUACAUACAGUAGUAUAUAAAAAAGGUGAUAAAGAUGCCCAUAGCACCAGUCAAACUCUUAAAAGGUGCUGUUAUAAACAUAUACUCUAAAGAUCCUGUAAAUUGGUAAUGUUCCUAUAUUCGCCUUGUUUGGUUCUUUUUCACUUUAAGCAUUUAUAUAAUUCAUUUAUCCCUACAGAUACGACCAAUUCCAUAUAGAUUUCUACUAGCAACACCACUGAACAAGAUA